AUGGAGAGCCUGGGCCGCUCGUGCCUGUGGCUUCGUCGGGAGCUGUCGCCCUCGCGGCCGCGGCUGCUGCUCCUGGACUGCCGCAGCCGCGAGCUGUACGAGUCCGCGCGCAUCGGCGGGGCGCUGAGCGUGGCCCUGCCUGCGCUGCUGCUGCGCCGCCUGCGGAGGGGGAGCCUGUCGGUGCGCGCGCUCCUGCCAGGGCCGCCGCUGCAGCCGCCUCCCCCUGCCCCGGUGCUCCUGUAUGACCAAGGCGGGGGAAGGCGACGGCGCGAGGGCGAGGCUGAGGCUGAGGAGUGGGAGGCUGAGUCGGUGCUGGGCACCUUGCUCCAGAAGCUGCGGGAGGAAGGCUACCUGGCAUACUACCUGCAAGGUGGCUUCGCCAGAUUUCAGGCCGAGUGCCCUCACCUGUGUGAGACCAGCCUCAAUGGUGGUGCUGGCUCAAGCAUGGCCCCAGUGCCCAGCCCAGUGCCCGUGGUGGGACUGGGUGGCCUGUGCCUGAGCUCCGACUGCUCUGACGCAGAAUCUGAGGCUGACCGCGACUCCAUGAGCUGUGGCCUGGAUUCGGAAGGCACCACGCCUCCCCCAGUGGGGCUGCUGCCAUCCUUCCCCGUCCAGAUCUUGCCCAACCUCUACCUGGGCAGUGCCCGGGAUUCAGCUAACUUAGAGAGCCUGGCCAAGUUGGGCAUCCGCUACAUCCUCAAUGUCACCCCCAACCUCCCUAACCUCUUUGAGAAGAAUGGUGACUUUCACUACAAGCAGAUCCCCAUCUCUGACCACUGGAGCCAGAACUUGUCCCAGUUCUUUCCAGAGGCCAUUGCAUUCAUUGACGAGGCCUUGUCCCAGAACUGCGGGGUGCUCGUCCACUGCCUGGCAGGCGUCAGCCGCUCUGUCACCGUCACCGUGGCCUACCUCAUGCAGAAGCUCCACCUCUCGCUCAACGAUGCCUACGACCUGGUCAAGAGGAAGAAGUCUAACAUCUCGCCCAACUUCAACUUCAUGGGGCAGCUGUUGGACUUUGAGCGCAGUCUGCGCUUGGAGGAGAGGCGCUCCCAGGGGCAGGGCAGUGGGGGCCAGGAGUCUGCCACCUCUGACCCCCCCUCCUUUUUUACCACCCCCACCAGCGAUGGCGUCUUUGAGCUGGACCCCACAUAA